UUUUAACCUCUAGGCUGCCCACAUGCAAAUGUUCUAUGACAUAUGACUUCCAAAUUAAGCUUCGUUCUAUCGUAAAAGCCAAAGGCAUCUCAUGAGACCCACAGUUUACAGAUUCUAACUGACAGAGGAAGAACUUCAUCAGACUUUGUGCCUUCUCACAUGCAUUAAGAGAAAGACGCUUUUCUAGCAAGAUAUCAUGUUUGUCUCCCUAGCACUGUUGCUUUGCGUGACCCUUGCAUUUUCUGAAGCGAAAAAAGAUGACAAUGGUGAAUCAGAGGGACUGGGAAUGGUGAUCUAUCUUCCAAAGAUAAACUUACUGGCCGACUUUCAAGAAAAGGAGAAUCGUAUCUUUGAUCCACUUUCACCAAAAUGCUUUACAAAGAAAACCUUGAGGUCGUCAAGAAGCAAUUUCGACUACUACAAAAGCACCAAGGAAUUGUAUGAGUCAUUAGCCACCGAGUCAAGCCUGAGUGCCUCGUUAACCUCUACGUUUACUUUGAGCGCUACUGUAUCAGUGGCAACCAAAAACAAAGACACAAAGAAAAUGGAAGUGAGUGGCAUGUCUUUGAUCAAGCAGGCGUCGACAGAAAAGACUUAUGUCCAUAAAGAAUGUCUCGUGAAUGCCAAAAAGUCCACCCUCAAAGAAGGAUUCCUGAAAUUUUUAGAGAACUUACCAUUGAAGAUUGAGGAACCUUGGCUUCACAAUUCUUGGAGAGAAUAUUCUACUUUCCUGGAAAAAUACGGUUCCCAUGUUGUUCAGUCUGUGAAGCGAGGAGUAAGGUUCCAGCAAAUGGUAUUUGCGGAGAGCUCUGAAUCUUAUAGCGAGAGAGAAUUCCAGGUGAAAGCCUGUCUCUCGGCUGCAGGUCCCACGUCCGUUGGAAAGCUUGGCGUUUCUGCUUGUUCCAACAUAACAAAAAGUGAAAUAUCCAAGACAAGCAGGAUGAGUGUUAGCGAGACACGGUUCGUCAGAGGAGGACUGAGGGCAACAAAUAGCGAGCUGGCAAAUGGAGAAACGUCAGCUGAACUGAUUAAUAAACUUAUGAAUGAAGCUGAACAGUCACCUUCGCCUGUCCAGCAUGAGUUUAUUGCAAUCUGGACCGUAUUACAAAGCCGCUUCAAACCAGGAUCUCCGAAUUACAUUCGAGCAACAAACCUCCAGUACUACUACAACGGAUACUUGAAUUAUGGUUGUCGCUACAAUAAACGCAAGGGUGUUGAAGUGCGAAAAUUCGACUAUACCGGAAAAUCACGUGAAAAAUAUCCAGAAUUCGAAUGUUCACUUGCUGGGGAAGGUUGCCGUAGCGACGAUGAUUGUGAUUUAGUAUGGGGAUCGUGCACAUGCCGAGGAAAAACGUGCGUUCGCCACAAGUCGGAGAAACAAAUCACAGGUAGGUCCAAGGAAACUGCAUAUAUGAAUGAGCAUAAUACAUGGGACGGGCAUGGAUGCUAUUGGAAUUGGUUUACGUGUGAUUGCGACAACGAAGAUCGCGAUGAACGCAAGGUUGUGUGGUCCUUACGUAUCACCUCCAAAGAUGCUGGUAAACAUAAAGCACCUGGCAAUGGAACCUACCAAGUGCCAAAGGAUUCAGUUAUAGGUCAAGCGGGAGGAACGGCAACACCUAAAACAGCUGAAGAUGCUGCCAAACACCCAACACCCGGCAGUACCAAUCAGCACGAGGCAAAAAAUGUUUUUCAAACUCAGAUGAAGGAAGACAAAGAAGAAAUUUGAACUUUCUUACUGAGAUGGUGAGCGCCUAAUUAAAAAAAACUGGACUCAUACAUGAGUUGGCCAUUCGAUUAGAGAUGGACAGCUAUACUUGAAACGUUUCGCGUCAAUGAAGUGGAAUGUUGAAAUGCAAAUCCAGUUAAAAUGUUAAAAUAAAAGAGAGCGCAUCCACCUGA